UAAGUUAGCGCUUGUUUUUCUUGUGAUAUGUUUCAUGGUAGUCGUUGCGGAGGCGAAUCAUCGUCUGCCCGACACUGAGGAUGAAAUUGCUCGAUGGGCCCUGGACGAGAUAGGCUCCGGUUAUGUACUGAUCAAUGUUAGGAGGAUUAGGCAAAAGCACGUAGACGGUACACUCUAUAAUAUGAGGUUGAAGGUCCGAGAAUACAGACCCGGCGGAAGGCGCACCAAAAUUUUGACCUGUAGGGUGAAGGUCGUGGUCUUCAACAAUCGUAGAACUCUCCUGUCUCACAGAUGUUUCUCCUCCGGCUCUGGUCGAGGUCCAUUUGAUUCUUCUGAAGGUCCAUUUGAUUCUUUGGGUUCAGCUGGUCCACACUAAGCAGCGUCUCAGUACUGAUAGUUCUUCCGACAUUCAUUAUUUUAUGUUUAUGAUCGGGUCUUCAAAUAAACGAAUGU